CACCCCUAAAGAAAAUUCUAAAUUAAAAUUGGAGCAUUUAAUUAUUGAUUAAUCCCACUCCAAUCAACAACUAAUGAUCCAAUCUAACACGCCAAGCAUAUACAUUACUCUAUUUAAACCCUCAUAGCUAGGCUAGGUUUUCCACACACACACACACACACACACACACACACACACACACACACACACACACACGCAGAUCAUCAGUUAUUAAAAUGUCUGGAAUAACAAUGAAAUUGAAAUGCAUGGUGCUCGUUGUUUUGGUCAUGGUGGCGUUUACUGGCGGGAGUGAGGCGGCAAUAGGGUGUGGCACGGUGGUUUCAUAUCUGCAACCGUGUCUGCCGUACGUGACAGACAAAGGUCCACUAGGCGGCUGUUGUGGUGGGGUUAAGGGGCUGUAUUCCUCCGCCAAGACCACACAAGACCGCCAGAGUGUGUGUAACUGCCUCAAAACCCUCGUCGGAUCAAACAUCGGCAUCAACCUCGGCAAGGCUGCUGGCCUUCCCGCACUUUGUGGCGUCAGCAUUCCGUACAAGAUCAGCCCCUCCACCGAUUGCUCUAAGGUGACUUGAGUGAUCAGCUUGAUUAUUCUUUUGGAGGGAAGUGUUUAUCGCAGAAAUAUAAUCAAGCUGGCCACUUAUAUAUAUUUUAUAUAGAAUUAAAUUAAAUGAAUAAAAGAUUUAUGAGGCGCUGCUGCUGGUAUACCUCUAAAUCUACUAAUUAAUUGCUUUCCUUAAUUUUCUAUCUGGUCGAUCUCAGCUUUAAUUUCAUUCUUAUGGCUUAAAA